GCGCACCUCCAAAACAAAAAAAAAGUUGUCGGACCUGGACUGAUCGGACUGGCCUGUCCACGUACUCUCCCGAGGCGGUGCGCGCCUUCCACCGCCGCCGUCAUUGGCGACUCUCUCGCCUCUUUCUCCUAUACUGAGCAGGAGCAGACGCGCCUUGGGGCUUUCUUUCAGCUCGUCAUGUCCGGCUCAGGCGAGCGUGGCUCGUCGAACAGCAACGAAGGGCGGGGCUCACCUCAACGACACGGCGCCAUGCUCCCACAGCAGGCAGGCAGCAGCGCGGCGGUGUCCUUGAGGCCGCAGUUGGGAUCCCUGGGCCCCCUGCAGCCCACGCUGGCGCCAUCGAUGCCGUCGUCGCAGAGCCUCACGGCCCACUACAUCCCGGAGCGGCUUCCGUCCUCGCCCUCGCGAUGGGGCAAGGUGGCUCGCAAGCAGCACAGCAAGUGGGGACGCUCGACGUCCCCCAUGCCCGAUGCCGGCGAGGGCACGCAUCCCUCUACCUCUUCACCUCCGCCAGGGUACAGGAGUGAAGGUCGCGGCAGUCCUGCAGUGGGCGAGGACGAUGUCCACGGCACGAGCACCGGCCUCCUCCUCAGCCCACUCGGUGAUCCCGGCAGGGUCAUCCCUGGUCUUGCCAAGCGCGGCGCCGGCAGGGAUGCUUGGGGUCCUGACGGCGCUGGUAAUCGCGGUCUCGGUGCAGGCAACUUUGAGGAUGACGACGGCGUGGACCUCGACGGUGUGCCAAACCACGGCCAAGGCGAUCGAAUCGGCCUGGCUGGCGCAAGCCCUGCACUUACGACAUCGCAGAUGGACUCUCCCUACGCAACCAUCGAGACCAAGACCAACUCGGAAAACUACCUGUCUAGCGACUCGCAUCAGCAUCGGCGCCUCAUCGACACCUCGAGCCACCGCAGCGGACUGUCGCUGUCCAACACGGUGGAUCACGCGCGAAAACCUACCUUUAGGACCAAGCUGCGUCGCAUAGUCGGCCUGCCUGCCGAAGGAGGAAAGGGCGUGUCGAGGCUGCGCUGGAAUCGGUUCAAGUGGCUGCUGGCCGGGUCGAAUCUGCUUCUCACAUUGUACAGCCUGGGCGGCCUGGUGGGGACGCUGCUCACCUGGGCCUCUGCGUUUGAGCAUGCAGACGUCAUCACCUUUGUCAAUCGCACCGAGCUGGCCCUGGGCACGGCUGCCAUGAUUCUCUGCCUGGCGACGAGCAUCGUCGGCUGGGCUGGCAUCCUCCUCAACAACCGCGCCUUUCUCACCGUCUACUCGACUCUCCUCUGGCCUGCCUUUGCACUCAUGGUCGCCCUCGGCUACAUCACCUACAAGAAGCGGGCCUUUAACCUCGAUGGCAAGAUGAACAAUCUCUGGUCGCGCAUGCUCUCCGUCGACGAGCGGCGGCAGAUCCAACUCGCCUUUGGCUGCUGCGGCUACUACAGCCCCUUUGUCGAGGCUUCUGCCGACAGCCUGCGGUGCUUUGCACGGAGCAUGCUGCCGGGGUGCAAGGGCCCCUUUAUGAAGUUUGAGAGCAUGGCCCUGAUUAACUUCUACGCCACGUCCUUUGGCCUCGUGCCUGUCCAUCUCUUUUGCAUCGUCGUCGCCCUCCUCUGCUCCGACCACGUCACCUACCGAUUCGGAAAGGGCAUUACACCCAAGGCCUACCGCCUCGACGAGGAUGCCAUUGCCGACAUGAAGGGCGCCAUCAUUGCUCAAGUCACGACAUUCAGCGCAGACGGCCUCCAUUCGUCGGCUUCGGCACGCCAGCGCCGGUGGGGCAAAGAAAAGAUCCAGAGCAGCCACAACAGCGAGGCAGAAUCGCCCUUCAAUGACAUUCCCCUCGUGCACCAGCAGGCGUACGAGGGCAGCGGCGGCGGUGGCAUGAAUCGAUCGAUCGACGAUGCCGUCCUCGUCGACGGCCUGGACGCACCGAGGCCGCCCUUUUGGAGCUCGACUGCAAAGGCCACCUCGUAGUGCUGACAGAGCGAGGGGGGCCAAGGAUGGCUCACCAACGAAUGACAUGCUAAUUUUCAUUUCCCGGAACGAUGAAGUGG